AUGCCCAGGGAAUCUCAACGCUCAUCGUCGUCAUCGUCAGCAUCUAGCAUAUUCAUGCGUGGACCGUUCACAAGAUCAACCACCAGCCCGCCCUCUCUGAACCGGCAAAACUCGCAUACUGCUCGUCAAGAGUGCAGUGUGUCACCACCAGGAGGAGCGACAUCUCUGUUGUUCAAGGUUGCUUCUGCUUCUCUCAAGACGUCACCGAGGAGUAGCCCGCCAGCAUCUCCAAGGCAAUGUCCUGUGGACGUGCAAGAAGUGCAGUGGGAUGUGCUGAGCCGUCGGUUAUCCGAAAAUCGUCAUGAAGGUUAUGUCAGCUUCCCGGAUUUUGAUCGCUUGUGUGAGCCUCAAGAUCCUAAAUCUGGACAUGAUGGCCGUCAAGAUGGUUGA